CGCUGCGGGGACCAGCCUGUCCCGCAGGCGGGCGGACAGGCGGCAUGCUGCGGAUGCUGGCGUCCCGCUAUGCAGGCGGGGGCGCACGUCCUGCCUGCGGGCUCCGCGACCCCGGCCGCAGCCUCAGCCGCCAGGCCUCUGAGGCCCCGCCGAACCAGCCCCCCAGCUCCGAGUUCAUGGCCAGGCCGGUGGGCGUCUGCUCCAUGAUGCGGCUGCCGGUGCAGGCCUCCCCUGAGGGGCUGGAUGCCGCCUUCGUCGGGGUGCCGCUGGACAUUGGGACCUCCAACAGGCCAGGAGCGAGGUUUGGACCCCGACGGAUCCGGGAAGAAUCAGUGAUGCUUCGGACAGUCAACCCUAGCACAGGGGCCCUCCCCUUCCAGUCCCUCAUGGUGGCAGACCUAGGAGACGUGAAUGUCAAUCUUUACAACCUUCAGGACAGCUGCCGCUUAAUUCAAGAGGCCUAUCACAAAAUUGUCGCCGCUGGCUGUAUUCCUCUGACCUUGGGUGGGGAUCACACAAUUACAUAUCCUAUAUUGCAAGCCAUGGCAAAAAAGCAUGGCCCCGUGGGGCUGCUGCACGUGGACGCUCACACGGACACAGCCGACAAAGCCCUGGGAGAGAAGAUCUAUCACGGGACGCCCUUCCGCCGCUGCGUGGACGAGGGACUCCUGGACUGUAAGCGCGUGGUGCAGAUUGGCAUCCGGGGCUCUUCCAUGACCGUGGAUCCCUACAGAUACAGCCGGAGCCAGGGCUUCCGGGUGGUCCUGGCUGAAGACUGCUGGAUGAAGUCGCUGGUUCCUCUGAUGGGGGAAGUGAGGCAGCAGAUGGGAGGCAAACCCAUGUACAUCAGCUUUGAUAUUGACGGCCUGGAUCCUGCCUAUGCCCCAGGGACGGGGACACCUGAAAUUGCUGGUCUCACCCCAAGCCAGGGAACACGGCCCUCCUGGCAGCUAACCUGCUGUUUGAGAUGUUGUGUGCUCUCCCCAAAGUGACAGUCGUUUGAAUCUCGUGCUCUUCAAGAUAAAACAGAUUGCAUCAAUGACACAUUUCCAAGAAGAAUUUAUGAGCAAGCAGUCUGAGUACUAAAGAGUUAAUGCCAAUAAAACUUUCUGCUGCAAGUGUCGCUUGCUGGUGGCUGUAAAAUCAGGGCACUCAGUAGAACUCUAAUCCAAACUGCUACUAUCUCUAAGGCGUUUGAAUUAACUUUAAAAACAAAACAAAAAACAAAACAAAACGGGGACCGGUUAGUUCAGUUGGUGAGAGCAUGGUGCUGA